AUGCCACCCCGCUACGCUCCCAUCGGUGCCACGGUCCUGCGGGCGCAGCACGGCCUCGUCCAGCAGCAGCAGCAGCACGGGCGGUUGCUGCUCCAGCUCCAUAGACAGUUCUUCCAUAACAACAACAAUAACAACAAUAAGAACAGGCAGCGCAACUUCCACGCCUCACACAUCCUGCGUGACCCCGCAGCGGGCCACGGCAGCAGCGACGGCAGCAGGAACCACUAUGACACGCUGAACGUGCACCCGGACGCCUCGCCGGCCGAGAUCAAAAAGUCCUUCUACCAUCUCUCCAAGCGGCACCACCCGGACCACAACCCCUUGGACCCGCACGCGGGGCGGCGAUUCAUGCGGAUCAGCGAAGCAUACGCGACGCUGCGGCACGCCGAGAAGCGCGCGCGGUACGACCGGGAGCACGCGAUUCCGCGGCGCGGGCACCACUCCCCAACAGCAGGUUCAGGUUCGUAUCACAGCACGAAUCCUGGGGGACGCCCGGCGGGCGGUCGCCCCGCGAGCGGGCUGAGCAGCCGGCGAGGCCCGCGGCCGACAACGUUCACGGGGCCGCCGCCGAGCUUCUUCCGGUCCGGGGGGUGGGGCGCGCAGGGGGCCAAGCGGCGGGCGGCGCACGAGGAGAGCACGGGGUUUGGUAGCGGCGGCAACAGUAAAAACAACACACAGCAGACCCAAAGCCCGUCAUCAUUUUCAUUUUCAUCUCCCGGCAUGGGCCCCGGACAGAAUCCGUACCGGCAGACGGAGCGGGCCGCCGCCGACAGCAGCGCGCCGCACUUUGACAGCGCGGCGCACGAGCGGACGCACCGAAGGCACGACGCGCGGCGGGCCGAGCGGCGGGCCGAGCGGCGGGGGAGCCACCGCGACAUGUUUGCGCCGGGCGAGUUUGGGCCCGUUGCCGGCUUCUUCCUGAUCGCGGGCAUUGUGGCGAUAGCCGUCAUGGUACCGUAUGUCUUCUUUGGCGGGUGGAAGGCCAACAUGGCGAGCGCGGACGGCGCCGUGGCGAGCAGGAGGAAGAGCGCAGCAGCUACUGCUAGUAGUAGUAGUAGUAGUAGUACCGCUAAGAACAGCAAUAGCAGUUGA